AUGGCCCUGCACAAGAAAACUGUUCGAUUAAUUCGCGAUUGGAGGUUCUGGGAGGGCGUUGACACCUCGGACGAAGCAAUGCAUUUGCUAUUUAAUUCCAUCAGCUACGUCAGGAUCCGGGAGGAAUCUCUGCUUGUGACUGCUGAUACGCCCAGCGACGACUGGCAGGAAGCCCUGGCAUACCUACAGGAGCGGCCACUGAAGUCUAUCCUCAAGGCCUCCAUAGAGCUCGAAAUGGUUUGGAUCAGCUUGCAUGCCAUUUUGGAAGAGCUGCUUGCUCAGUCUAGCACAACCUCCGUUGAUGUAGCGGCAGCACAUAUAAAACGCGCCUCGCUGCAAUCUAGAUUUUUGCUAUGGGAGGAACGAUAUCUGUCUUUGAUAUACUCGACGAAGAAUAUUCACCCUCUGGGGGCUGCGGCACUCAGCGUCCGGCGCAUUCUCACACGUAUCUGCUUUGAGAUGCGGUUGGAGCCAUUCGAGCAUGUGGGGGACGAGACACGUUGGGAUCCAUUCGACAGAGAGUUCAACUCGGCUUGGUGCGUCAUUGAGGAGGCACUGACUGCAGGGACAAGCUAUAAUGCAGACGCGCCGGCAAGGUUCGGACCUUCCCUGCGGAUCUCGCUCCAAUUCAUCGUCCGAUUUUGUCGCAAGCAGGACAUCCGACAUGCCGCAGCUGCGUUGCUCCGAUCCGAAAUUCCAAAAUCUCUAUCUAGCGAGACUCCGACUGGGCCUCUCCUCGUCGAGAGUAUCAUGGCGCUCGAAGAAGGCCAUUGGGACUCGUGCUGUCAAGUUCCAAAAUGCAGGCGGGGAGAGUUCAUCUGCAACUGGCAUCGUGUUGCCAAGGUGAAUGCGAUAUCGAUGGACAAGUUGAGAUACCACGAGUUCCAGUGUCUCACUGUGGGGGACAUUCACUCUGUUCCCAAGGAUGGCAAACUCGGCGAUGGCCUUGAUGGCAAACUCGGCGAUGGCCUUGAUGGCGACGAGGCCAGAGACAUCGGUGCGCCAUCAAGUGAAACACCAAAAGUUAAUGCAGCCGAUCAAUACGGUGCGCAUACGAGCUCGCGAGACGUCAGCAUGCAACAAUCCGUCUGCGUCUGA